CAGCAAACAGCAACUUCCUCUUAUUUUUAAGUAAUGUCAAUUACUUUGUGUUUGCUUCUUUGUGUGCAGCUCCCAUCUCAGAGUGGGGGCAGAUGGACUCUUCCUAAAGGACCACUGGGCGGUUAUUUAUUAGCUGGAAGAACUCUGGAAUGCAGCUGAACUAGAAUGUUGGUAUUGACAUGUAUGGUUGGUUGCAAAAACACAUAAAAUCUAGAACAACUUCAUCAACACAAUGUGGAAAAGGCAACAUAAGAGAAAACUCAGCAAUGCCUAUCAGUAUUCUAUCAACAUCAUCUUCAUCGUCCUCGCUGUUACCGUUGACCCCUUCUGAACCCCGCCAGUUAAGGAAUGCGCUUAAUUCAGAGCUGAGAUGGAGGCAGAAAUAUGACGUGUUUGUGUGCCACAGCUCUGCUCAAACGGACAUCGAAGAGGCGAUACGCCUGGUACUUUUCCUCGAGGCAGUGCCUCGCAGCCUCCGGUGCUUUUUGUGGCACAGGGACACCUGUCCAGGAGGCGCCAUUGCCACAGAAUUCUGUCAGGCGAUGCAGGACAGCCACAUCCGGGCGUUGCUCAUCACUCCCAGUUUUGUGCAGGAUGAUUGGUGCAAUUAUGUGAUGCAUCAGGCUCUAGCAGAGGGACCCAUGUCCAACAGGAUGAUUCCUUUGCUUCAGAAUCUGCCUCACGCUGAGUACCCACAGGAAAUGAGGUUCUACUACUACAUUGACCUGAGCAAGAACCCAGACCAUGGUUUCAGUCUGGUCUACAGGACAGUCUACAGGUACUUAGAAAACCUGACUCAUAAUGAAACGAAGUCCGGGUGCGACUUGAGUGACUCGGUCUGUGGAGGUGACGCGCAUAAGAGGGUGAAGUGACACCACUGCCCAACUUUGGCAGGACGACAGAGAAAAAAGAAGCAUCAGAGGUUUUUGCUGUGAUUAAAACCUGUUCAGGGUGGAUUGAAAAACCGCUGCUGCUGUUGACGUAAACUCACACUUAUGUCAAUUUAAUUUCACUUUGACUUUGUUGAGUAUACGUGUUGCGGAUGUUCUCACAUAGAACAGGAAACCUUUCCCUUUGUGCAUCAAGGAGGGUUAUUUCCUGCAUCAAGUCAAAAGAAAUGUGCAAACCAGAACUGGAAACUCCCACAAACAAAGAUCCCUUGCAGUUAAGUUUGGUUUAUCAAAAAAGGCUUUGAAUGAUCAUCAAUGAAUCCUGAUUUUAUUGACAUCUUUGUAUGAGAUUUAUUGAGAAGCACUUUGAUACAUUUAGCUAAAAUGCUCUAAGCUGGGUAAGCCAUCAUGCAUGUGUAAAUAUAUUGUCUUGCUUUGACCCAUAUACAGACUCAGUCGUGGAGCAGAAUCGACAGGUUUCCUUCAAACUGUCUCUGUACGUUAUUGGACAUUGCUAGGACCAAUUAGAGCAACAAAUUGCAUGAGGUAUUCAUCGCUAUGGCAACAGUCAAAAGCAGUCUGCCAUACACUGUCGAAGAAGAAGAAGAAGAAGAAGAAGAAGCAAAUGGAUCGUUAUUUGAAAUCUGCUAAUGUUUCCAAGCCCAAGUCUAAUAAAUCUGCCAAAGUUAUGUUGAACGAGUGCUGUUCCUGACCUGGCACCAUCUUUGUAGUUUUUCUCCGUUGCUGCUCCUUUGUUAAGCCCGCCCAACGUUUCUCUACAAACACAGAGCACUGUGAUUGGGCCAACCUAAAAUUGUUUGGGCCAAUGAUAGACCUGCUGAGGCUACAAUGGAGUGUGGCUAGACAGACCUGCUACGGUUUGUCUAGAUUUCUAGGCUAGGCUAGGCUCACGUACAAUAAAAUAACCAUUCAUGCAUUAAUACCUAAGGACUGUGUAGUCUCCAGUUAAACUAACCGACAUGAUUUUGACCUGUGGAUGGAAACCAGAGAAAACGUGCUGAAUACAUCAAAAUAACACGUUCUCUCUUCUAUCAAGAUAAUUUUAUCAUCAUUAAAUGGCACAAGUGAGUCUGCAUUCUGUCCCUCUAAUGCCAAAUAUCAGGUUUUCAAUAAACUGUGCCAUUUCA